AUGAGUGUGCGGCGUAAACGCUUCAGUGGCAGCGCCCAGAGCUUCAGCAGUCGCUCGGUGGGGUCUGGCUCUGGCCUCGGUUUCGGAGCUGGCGUGCUGGGGACGGCUUACCCGGCGCGGGGCUUCCACGUGGGCAUGCCCAUCACGGCUGUGUCCGUCAACCAGAGCCUGCUGACGCCCCUGAACUUGGAUAUCGACCCCACUAUUCAGGCUGUGCGCAUGCAGGAAAAAGAACAGAUCAAGACACUCAACAAUCGAUUUGCUUCAAUUAUUGAUAAGGUGCAACAACUGGAGCAGCAGAAUAAAAUCCUGGAGACCAAAUGGCAGGUGCUUCAGAAAGGCACUCGUCCUCCCUCUAAGUGUGCGCCCCUGCUCGACUCCUACAUCCAGUCCCUGCAGGCCGAGGUACGGCAGCUCGCGGUGGACAAACAGAACCUUCAGAGAGAGUUCGACAAGGUUCACGAGGAGGUGGGGGACAGGAAGAAGAAGUAUGAGGAGGAGAUUAACAGGAGAGAUGAAGCAGAAAAUGUGUUUGUCACGCUGAAGAGGGAUGUGGAUGCCGGGUACCUGAAACAAUUUGAUUUGGAGAGGAAGUGCACCAGCCUCGCCCAGGAUGUAAAAGUGUUCAAGACAUUGUAUGAGCAGGAGAUCAGUGAAAUGCAGGCAGAGUUGCAGGACAUCUCAGUGAUCGUUGAGAUGGACAACUCACGGGAACUGGACAUGCAGCAGGUCGUGUCUGACGUGAAGGAGCAGUAUGAGGCCAUUUCCGUACGCAGCCGCAAGGAAGCUGAGGCCUGGCACCAGACCAAGUUUAAUCAGAUCUCGGCCCAGGCAGACCAGUCCUCCGAGGAGCUGAGGACAACCAAACAGAAGAUUUCUGAACUCAAGCGCUACAUCAUACGCCUGGAGAAUGACAUCAACAAUGCAAAAGCACAGCGGGCCUCCCUGGAGGCCCAGAUUGUGGAUUCGGAGGAUCAGGGGGAGGCGGCAGUGAAGGACGCCAAAGCCAGAAUGCAUAACCUAGAGAAGGCUCUUCAGAAAACAAAGCAAGACAUGGCCAAGCAAUUGCGUGACUACCAGGAGCUUAUGAAUACCAAACUGGCACUGGAUAUUGAGAUUGCCACCUACCGCAGUCUACUGGAAGGAGAAGAAAGAAGGAUUGGAAAGGACCAUAUUGUCAAUGUCCAGACAACCUGUGAGUUCAUGCAAGAGUGA